AUGAGACUUCAAAGUAUCUCUUCUGAAGCCAAGAUUAAUGAUAAGAGUGAGAGAAGUAACAGUGAAGGAACAGAUCAAAUGCAUAAAAGCAAAAGGAAAAGACAAAAAAGAGCUGAAGAGACAAAAAAAGAAUGUGAAGCUAGGAUUGCCGGUAUGCACAAUCGGUAUCAUCAGAGAAAAGCUAGUGAAAGUGCCAAGCAACAAGCUGAAAGAAAUUUGAAAAAUGCAAAUAACAUGCAAAAUAAGUGUGCUUUAGAGACUGAAAAACAAUAA